CUUUGAAUACCGAAUAACUAAUAUCGAGAUGAGUUAUUCUCGUGCAUUUUAUAUCAUCUUAACCAAAUAUAGAAUAAGUGCAUGCUAAAUUUAAUUCCAGCAUUAGUUAUAUCUUAUUUUUUGUUCCAAACGAGCCCUUGUUCUAUGUUAUGCUGUCUCCUAGUCUUAGAUAGAUCAUUGAACAAUUGAUAUGAUGUGUAUGGUGCCUUUAGCUAGUGGAACUGUUGAUCAUUCUUAUUUUUAUUUUAAAAUAAUUUUACCUGAACAUAGACCAACUAAACAUAUUCUUUGUUUGGGCAAUCCAAGAUGGAAUCACACAAGGAAAGUGAUAGAGGCUUGGCUAAGCAGAAGAAGGUGAAAGUUGUUUUUGUUAUAGGUGGACCGGGGAGUGGUAAAGGAACGCAAUGUCAAAGAAUAGCACAACAGUUUGGCUACACUCAUCUUAGUGUUGGUGAGCUUCUACGUCAAGAAAUCAAUUCUGGUUCUGAAACUGGCUCUAUGAUUCAUAGCAUUAUGAAGGAGGGGAAGCUUGUUCCGUCAGAUGUAACCGUGAGGCUUCUUCAACAAGCCAUGCAGGGAAUCGAUAAUGACAAAUUUCUCAUUGACGGCUUCCCCCGGAAUGAAGAGAAUGUUAAGACAUUUGAGAAUCUUACAAAAAUGGAGCCUGAGUUUGUCCUUUAUCUAGAUUGUCCACAAGACGAAAUGGAGAGGCGAUUGCUCUCAAGAAAUGAGGGAAGAGAGGAUGAUAAUAUCGAUACAAUAAGGAAGCGAUUUAAAGUCUUUAUGGAGUCUACUCUCCCUGCAGUUGAAUAUUAUGAAUCUAAGGGGAAAAUUAGGAAGGUUGAUGCUGGAAAAUCAAUUGAUGAUGUUUUUGAAUCCAUCAAAGCCAUUUUCUCACAAGGAAAAGAUAAUAAUAAGGUGCCACCAAGCAAAAACAAGUGCAAAUGCUUGAUACUUUGAAUCGAUGAUUUUCAAAGCUUGAUGGUGUACAUACAUAUUUUUUUUACUGCAAGAUUUAAGCUUGAUAGUGUGCUUUAAUUUGUUGCAAUAGGUACUGUCUGCUACCUAAAAGUGAUUUUUUAGUUUGGACCGUCAGUGUGUAUAAACUAAACUCUGUAUUGUGUGAUAUCCAUCUUUUCUUGUUAAUGUAUGAUAUGAAUGCUUUCUAAUCAA